GUAUUUCCGAUGGGGGAGAGACCUGUGUAUAAACAACACAGAUCUAUCUCUUGUCAGCUUGUGCACACUGCUUUGUAUGGCUCUGCAUAGCAGAGCCAUACAAAGCAGUGUGCUUACAGUGUAAAGCACAUACACAGCAAAUAGUGACCCUAGGUUCACAGCACACAGUUAACCCUUUGAUCGCUCCAGAUGUUAAAUACUUCCUGCCCAGUGCCUUUAGUACAGUGUCAGUGCUUUUUAUUAGCAGUAAUCACUGUAUUGGUGUCACUGGGGAUGUCAGUGACACAAAGUCAUUUCCAACCAGUGUCAGAAUGCCUGCCGCAGUCC